AUGUUUUCCCGCGUGGGACGUCUCACCACUUUCGGCGCGCAAGCGGUCUCCAAUUGUCCGUUCCGCCGCGACAACAUCUAUCAGCAGCCGUUGAAGGUAAAAACUGUAAAUAAACGAGAAAAAUUGCAACUUUUCAGGUAACUGCUCCGAUCAAUGACCAGCUCGUCAAUUUUGCACACAAUUUUUCGGAUUCGUUGCGACCGAGAACGUAAGAAUUGGUUUGAAGGCGCAGUAUCGCGCGUACAAUACAAAAUUCAAAAGUUGAGCGCACAAACGCCCGAAAACAAGUUUCCGUUUUUCAUUUGAGUUUUUAGUUGACGCCGCGCUGAAAGACAAUGAAACAGGGUCGAGCUCGAAAGUAUUUCAGAACGAGCUUCGGCAAUGAUCCAUUUCUCGGCGUGCCGAUGGACGACGAAGAAGUGAUAAAAGAGCUCGAGCUGCUCGAUUUGGACUCGUGGCACACGAAGCCGCGCCCACCGUGCCCCGCCCCGUCGGAAGACUUGGAACUCGACCAGUUCUGGGAGGGCAAAAACAUCACGGUUUGCGGCAGAGACCCCCGAAAACCCGCCGAAUCAACUGACCAUUUUGAGCUGGAAGCGUGGCGACCGACAGACUCGUGGAACGCGCCGGGACCACAGCAAGGAGCGGCGGCGGCGGCGGCGCACUCGAGCGGCACAGAAGCCAUGCACGAUUUCUCGAAUUUCGGCGAUAAUAUGGUACGGAACGCGGAGAGUGUGUAUGUGUGUGGCGGAAGCUGAAGUGCACGCGCUUUCAUGAAUAACAAUCAUUAUCUAGAAAGUCAAUGCUUUCGUGAAUUCUCUCAACUGCCCAUUCGAUUGUUUUUUCUGUACAGAAAUGUUUGCAAAACGACAAUUUCUCUUGAUUUUUCACAAAUCGCAUGCUCAGUACUUGCAGGGCUCUCCGCUCUUCCAAUCGCCGUCCAAAUCGUCCGUCGAUCAGUUCUGCUCCUCUUCGUCGGCUUCGAAUCGACUUGAUGAGGUGAGAAUUGUCGAGCAUCUUUUAAAACAUUUCGGAAAAAAGUUGCAGUCUUUGUUCGGAGGGCCGUCGAGACAAGAGACGAAGCCGAAGUUUGAGAUGGACGUGGAGAACGCGUCGAAAGCCGUCGAUUGGGAGGUUUUCGAGCUUAUUUGGGGCAUAAAAAAAAACGAAAUUGUAGGCGUGGAACCACUAUCUGGAGAGCGACGACGACAUUGGCGGGUUCAAGCGUCCGGAGGCGUUCUUCACAAGCACAGACGAUUCGACGUCUUCCCACUCGUUGACGACGUUGAACUCGUCGCCGGACAACCUCAUCGACAUGAUGCCCGCCACGGUCCCGUUCCAACAUCUCAAUCUCAAUCCGAUCUCGCACCCUUCCUCGACGUCGCUCUUCAAAAUCUCCUCUUCGGCCUCACGUAUCCACCACGACGUCGAUCUUUUCUCGUCGGGACCGCUGAUUUGUGUGCCGAAAGAGGAGAUCUUCGAUGAUUUUGUCGACAACAAAGACGACGACGAAUAUUUUCCGGCCUCUGAAUCCAGAAGAGUCAGCGCGCGGCUCCGUAAAUCGACAGUCCGCCGUCGCGAAGAGUCGGAACGCUCGUGGACGCCGGCUUCCGACGACUAUUAUCCGGAGGAAAAGAGCAAGUUCAAGAAGCGCGGAGUCGUUAUGAAGCCGUCGGUCGACGAGGAAACCGAUAGAAGAAGGGCGCUCAACAGAGUGGCUGCCGUCAGAUAUCGCGAGAAGAAGCGGGCCGAGAAGAUGUGCAGAAAGAGGUGAGGCAUUUUUGGCAUGUUUAUCGUUAUCAUAUCAUUAUUACCCUAAAUUCUGGAAAUGUCGCUCUGCCGCAAUACCACGGGAAAACCUAAUAAUAGGUAGAAAAUAGUUUCCUACAGUCCUGUGACAACUAUGCUUUGAACCAACUUGAAGCUUACUAGAAUUUCUAAAAUAUUCCUUCGUAUUCCUUGAGAAAAUCUGAUGUCAUUCUCUCUUUUCCUCCUCCUUCUAGUGUAUUUCUUUCACAUUUUGAUGAUCUACUCAUAUUUCAAAGUGUAAAGAAGCAAAUAUUUUCCCCCUCCUCAAUUGGCUGUUUUUAUGCUCAGCUCGUCGUCAAAACAGAGGUGUACGUUGCUCUUCGAAAAAGUUUAGUUUUAACUCACUCUUGGAACUUCCCAGAAAGAAUUUUCCCGAAACUCUUUUUUCCGCGAUCCAAUAGAUCAAUAUUUGAGCUGUUUCUUCUCCUUCUCCACCUCUAACAGCCAUUUCGCAAUAGACACUUGUCGUCGAAAGAAUUUCGCAAUCGGCUGCACACUUUGCCCCCUUUUCUUCUUCUCUCUCACGCCAAGGGGACUGCUUGCUGUUUGAACCGAGGCGCCCAGGCCGUCGAGUGACGUGAAACGAUGAUAAUGGAAAGGAGGAGGAGGAGGCCAUGUGGCCACCCGGUGGUUCUGUGAUCUUUGCGAAGGAGGGAACAUCGCAUCGAAAUAAACAUCUCUCUUUCUCUUGCAACUGGGGGAGCAUGUGGGUACAUUCGAUGUAGGGACCAGAUAUUGUAGGUAUCCAAGUGUAUGGGCUUAGGCCCGACUUCUGGAUACUUGUAGACAUGUCGUUUCGCCAAACUUUAGCUAAACUGAACUAUCGGCCUAAUGGCUAGGAUAGGAGUCUGAUAAAGUGUUAGGCUAUCACUACAGUAGGCUAUCAAUUUAAGACCCAGAACAGGCCAGUCAGAACUUCUCGACGACCCUGAUGCCCUGAUCAAGCGCUUCUUGAUCAGAUUAACACCUCUGAUUAGAAAAAGAAAACCGGUUGUCCCCUCCAUUCAACGAAAGUUUACGCAUUUCAAGGACAGACCGUAUUGAGUUCCCACCGAAAAGCAAACGGAAUGCUAAUUUCGAGUCCCACGGUGUCUACAAUACUCGCAUUUGCAUCUGAAUCGGCUAUUGUCCAUCUGAUUCCAUUGAUCAUCGUUCGUCCGUCCGUGGUGCGCAGAGAUAACAGUCACGAGGGGUGAUAUGAGUGAUAGGAAAGAGUGAUACGGAUAGGAAUGUGUCCAAAGUUCAGGGAGAAUUAUGAUAAGGUUUUCGAUGAAACUAUCCAAACCUUCCGGUUUUGAACCCAAAUAGCGUUUAUUCAAGACAAUGUAUCAGAGAGGAGCUGCCAGUAGAAAAAAGACUGAUCGUUUUAAACUGAAAAUGGAUGUUGUAUUGAAUUUGAAAAUUUGCGAGAAGAAAAGACUAUAAUAUUUGCAGAGAAUACCAAGAAGUCGCCGACCGUAACCGUGUGCUCGUCCAGAAAGAGCGUCAGCUGAAGCGCGAGAUCAACGCGAUGAAGAAGGAGCUGCGCAAGAUGGGCGCCAUCAUCCAUUAA